UGGACCAAAGAGUGCAUGUUUACCUCUCUGCUUGCAUUUUGACUAAAAUUGCUCAUGAGCAUGCUUAAAACUUCACUUCUUCCACUGUGAUCGUCCUUAUAACUUCCACACACACAAAAAAGCACACAGUAGUCACUAUAUGUGUGAAUAUGAUCAACAUAGGGAGAUGGAUUCAUAUUGGUACUACUAUUCCUCUAAUUACUAAUAAUAUUAUUUUCUCCUUUUUCUUCUCCGAACAGGGAAUCAACUCUACUAAUAAGGGAAAUUGGGCAAAUUAUGAUGAGCCCCAUUGUCUUCGAACAAAAUCGUAUUCAAUGUUCAUUCAGGAGAAGACUAUCGAGGCUAAUGGGGUUCGGCCUUCGCGAGCUGAAGCCUAUAUACUAAGUCAUACUCAUGGAAAUGGAAAUAUUGUGAAUGAAAAAGCAGCAAAACUCGUGGGUCAAAUAAGGAGUUACAUAGGCAGUGCAGGGAAUUAUGAGACUUCAAAAGAUAGUAUUUCUCAGAAAAAUGAUGCUUACUCCCAGAUCAAAGAACUUGAGAAGAAAGGAAGAGUUCGAUGCUUGGGCAAGAUUAUUUCGUCUAAGAGAUCAAGUGGUUUAACCUUCGAGUCGGCUAGAAACAAUGAAGAAGUUCAGGAAUUGAGGAAUAGGAUAAGUGAAUUGGAAGGAGCACGUACAACUCUGUUGCCAGUAAUCCAAAGGAACUUUCCUAAUGAAAAGGUGACAACCGUUCAAAACGUGGUGAAGCGAUUGAUUAUCGGAGAGGCUUCAGAUAAAGGUAGUGGUGCAAACAAAUUUUUAGCUCAUGGCCAUCCCGAUUCAAAUUAGGAAGGUUUGCUUCCGAGUGCGAUUGAAGAUUAGCAUGAUGUUUCUAUCACGGUUAUGAAAAGUAUAUUUUUCUUGUUUAGUAUAGGUCUGUCUAUCAAGUGAGACUAUACUGUCGUUUUCUCUUUUUAAGUUGAUAAGAUAUUUAAUAUGGAUUGUUCUGUGACUUUUUCAGUCUGGUGGACAUAUGCAAAUACUGGCAGAAAUUAUUGAAUGAUCUGUCUUAAAAUUA